AUGUCUAGAGCAUCGUUGCAAAGAAGAGUGGCGCGUGCGCAUGAGGUUGACCUACAUUUGCGGCAACUGCGACGCGACUGCGAUCCGCGCGUGCGCAACCUUCAUAUGCUCGUUCAACAGGAAGUGUUCCGGACUCUGCAUGCUGAACGUGGUGAUUCUUCGUGUGAUGUGCGUGUUCCAACGCUAAGCAAGCUGUCGGAGGACGACAAGCUGGGGCCUGACGAGGCGUUCGACGCCUCCACGCACGCGCAUCUAUUGCAGACGAUGACAUCCACAAUGGGAAUAAUGACACUCAGCCGCGGCCCGUGUGACCUCGACAACAUGAGUCUGUUCCAAGACCUCAAACUCAAGAGGCGGAAACUUGACUCCCGAUGUAGCAGUGAUGGCGAGUCGGCCGCCGAUACCAGCACGUCGUCACCGGACCCGGGCCCGCCGUCGCCGCGCAUGGCCGAUGCAGGGUGCAGCACGCCGCCGCACCCACCACCCGUGUUCGAUGGCGGCGGCUCUCCGUCGCCAUCGCCAGCUUGUCAUCCCACCGUUAUUCGCUCCGCGCCGCCCCAUUCCGUUAUCAAGUUUGAGGGCACAGCGUCAUCCGUCAAGGCAGAAAGCUCACCCGCCUGCGGCAGACCUGAUGUGACACCACAAUCUCAGCUUUCAUCUGUGAAACUAGAGGGUACACAAGAAGCCCACCAUUAUAGGCCACGGGCUCUCGCACCGCCACCACCAGGUUCCCACGCCUCAUUGGCGCCGGGCCCCUGGCCACCUGCCGCCUGUAUUAACGGUGUAAAACCGGAACUUAUAGGCGGACAAUUCCCACCGCAACAAUUAGAACCAAAACCAGGAGCACGGGGAUCAACACAAUGGCGAAGUGCACCAGCUGUCAUUAUGGGAGAAUCAGGUGGAGUUCGAACGAUGUUUUGGACACUACCUGCACCCACGCAAGGUGGUGAACCGGCAGCUAGCGCUUCACAUACACCAACACCACCCACUCCUGAUCCUACGACGUGUAGUGAAGAAUCAGCUGCACGAUUACUGCUAAACUUAGGUGAAUUAAGGCGGCCUCGAGGGCCUCCUUUAAACAUGGAGUUACUUUGGGCAGGUGAUGUAUCGCAAUUACCAGCUCAUCAGCAAAUCACGGCACUUAACUUAAGCGCAGCAGCGGGAAACGUUGCCGGAGCGUCGCAGAUAGGGGGAGCAAGCGCGCUGGCUUUACCCAGGCCAGAGCUUCGCCCAUAUCCACCCGAAGCUGAACGUGACGAAGACGAACAACCUAUGAUUUGUAUGAUAUGCGAAGAUAAGGCAACGGGACUACACUAUGGCAUUAUUACGUGCGAAGGUUGUAAAGGUUUUUUUAAGAGGACUGUACAGAAUCGACGUGUUUACACAUGCGUCGCUGAUGGUGGCUGUGAAAUAACAAAAGCACAGAGAAAUAGAUGCCAAUAUUGCCGAUUUAAAAAAUGUAUCGAACAAGGGAUGGUAUUACAAGCGGUACGAGAGGACCGAAUGCCAGGAGGCAGAAAUAGUGGAGCCGUAUAUAACUUAUACAAAGUUAAAUAUAGAAAACACAAAAAAGCGAAUAGGGCUUCGACAAUAACAAGUCGGCCGUCACCACCAGAGAAGCCCAAAGACCCGUUACCACCAAUCCCUCAACAUAUUGUUAAUGGCACCAUUCUUAAGACUGCACUCACAAAUCCCAGCGAAGUGGUCCAUUUAAGAGCACGGUUAGAAAGCGCCGUAUCAUCAUCGCGAGAUCGUGCUGUACCUCUAGAAAGAGCGCUCCACAUGAUACAAGCAUUAAUAGACUGCGAUGCAAUGGAAGACAUCGCAACUGUGCAACAUCUACCAGACCUUCUUCACGACAGUUCAGAAAUAGGGGACAAAUUAUGUAAAAUUGGGGACUCAAUCGUGCACAAAAUGGUCGCUUGGACUAAACAAUUACCUUUUAUAAUGGAAAUACCAAUGGAAAUACAUUCCAAGCUGUUGAUGGAGAAAUGGCACGAGAUCUCAGUUUUGACGACUGCUGCUUACCAGGCGAUGCACGGGAAGCACGCGCAUUCGCGUCCCUCGUCGGACCACGAACAGGACUAUAUGGAAGAGGUAAAUGCAAACCUUCGGACGCUGCAGGACUGUUUGACAUCACUAAUGGGCAGGCCCAUCACAUUAGAACAACUGCGACUGGACGUCGGCCUCGUUGUGGAGAAAAUGACGCAGAUCACCUGCGUCUUCCGACGUAUACAGCUGAGAAUGGAGGAGUACGUUUGUCUGAAGGUCUACAUACUGCUCAACCAAGAUCCAAGCUGCGGCGAACCUGUUACUAGAGAGCAAAAUGUUCUACGUACCUUUCGUGCUGAAUUCGGCAGAGCUCAGAUAGUAUAUGGCCGAGCAGGGCGUCUAGUUCUCGAUGUACGAGCGGCUGACCCCCCGACCGCGCCCUUGCCGCCCCCUCGUCUUAUGAUAGCCGCGUCGCCACCAUGUGUUCAAGAGUUCUCCUGA